GUAGAAGGCUAAUAAUUACGGCUUCACAAGCUAUCAUCUCCAUACAUCAAAAAUCUUAAGACUUUUAAUUUCAUUCUAUACGCUGUGAAGGAUCUUGAGAUGUCGAGGCAUCGUGUGGUUCCUAUUACGUAGAAACACACCAAGAGUUGAAGUUCUCUGAGCUUCUGGCGAGACUGUCGGAGGGAACAGACGUCCUUCUAGAAACAAGAACUCGGAGGAGUCUUACUAAACAUUAAGCACAUGAUAUAAUUCUGGAUUAAAGAUCCUUCUUUAAUUCUAUAUCCCAUGUUUGCUGAAGUAGAGGUAGAAUGUUAUUCUACUGACUCGGAACAUUUACAGCUUAAGGAAUACUAGUUGACGUCUGAAAAAAGCAGGAAGUCACCAGGAGCGAUGGAGAGUUCGCUUUGGUUGACGUUAAUUGCUACUUGUGUAUUACUCAAGUCUUCACAUUCCAUUUCUGAUUAUGAAGAAGGACUUCCUUUUGACUUAGGUUGUAGUGAAUCUAUGGAUAUUGUGAUUUUACUUGACACCACUAUAAACAAUUCAACACAAAAUGACGAGUUCAAGAAGUUUCUAUUAGACUUAGUUGAAGAUUUCCAAAUUGACUCUGGGAUUGCCAGGGUAGCCUUUGUGACAUUUAGUUCCAGCCCAGUACUCCAUUUUAGACUGGAUAAAUACUCCUCAAAAUCGGACAUCAAGUCGGCCAUAGAAUCUGCAAUUUUUACUCCAGGAGAGAGAAACUUUGCAGAUGCAUUCGAUUUGCUUCGAAGGCAGGUAUUCUUCGAGCCUUAUGGGGAUAGGCCGGAUGCACCAAAUGUAAUCCUUUUAAUAACAACAGGAAACUCUGAGAGAAAAAAAUAUGAAGCAUCACAACAAGUACAGUUCCUGAAAGACCAAGUCAGCAUACUGGUGAUAUCGAAAGGCGUAAAAGACAUGACAGAAAUACAUUCUUUUGCCAGCGACCCAUAUCUGGAGAAUACAUACGAACUUGCACCAUCGGAAAAUAUUAGUUUAAUCAAAGAUCUGGCUUAUGUUGGAAUUUGCUCAAUAACUACUACUUAUAUUUAUGAUAAUGAGGAAAUAGAAGGCUCUGCAGUAACUGCCACAGGAAGUAAUAAAACGGAUUUAACUCUACUUCUCCAUUACUCUGACACAACAGCUGAACGUGAUUUCAAUUUAAUGGUACAGUUCUUGCAAAGUCUGAUAGCUAAUGCAGACGUUGAUAAUGAUGACGUCAGAGUAGCUUUCCUCGUUUACGGCAUGGGAACAACCACCAUAUUUGAUUUCAAUGAUUACAAACAAAACAAGAAAAAGCUUUUGAAUGCACUGAAUAUAGAUUUUAGCAGCUGGGGUUCUGAAGAAGCGAAUUUAGCUGGUGCUUUAGAUGUAGUUCGCACGUCAAUUUUUGUGGAAGCUUCCGGUGAUCGCUUGGAUGUUCCAAAUACGCUUUUGGUAAUCACAAACGAUAACUCUGAUAGCAAAUAUGUUCCUGCAUUUCCCAAAAGUGUAGCGGAGAUGAAGAAUACUGGAGUGACGAUGAUAGGAGUGGGCUUGAAUCUCUACAAUAAGGAUGAAGUGAAUGCGCUUUCUGAUUCUCAUACAUUUAGUUUCAUUUUGAACGAUGCUUCUCAGCUCUCUGUUGUCUUGCAAGAUAUCCAAAAUAGACUUCCUUCACUGAAUAAAAUUUUAAGCACGACACCAAGCAUUGUUUUCGAAGAAUCAACUCUAGACACUACAGAUUUCACAAACGGUAUUGAUAGUAAUGUGAAAGCAGAUAUAGCUGUGGUAUUUCACGCGAGUCAUAAGACGAAAGCAAAGGAUUUUAAAAACAACUUGCUUAACUUUAUAUCAAGCCUCUUUGCAAAAGCUCGAAUAGAUUCUGGAGAAGUCCGAGUGGCCUUAGUUAAUUAUGGUGCGUCGGGAAAGAUACUAUUUAACUUUAACAAAUACUCCAAAAAGUCAGACUUGCGCAAAGCCAUUAGAAAAAGCAGUCCAAAAGUUAGAAACAGUAACGCUAACUUAGGUGAUGCCAUACACUUGGUAAGAACACAACUGUUUACCAAGCAAGAGGGAGCGAGAACCGAAGAAGGGGUUCCCUCUGCCAUUAUAUUAAUAACUGAUUGGCCGUCAUCAAGAUCAGCAUAUUCUGUCCAAGAUGAAGUUAGUAGAUUAAAAACAGAUUUCAAAACCCCGAUUUUCACGAUUGGGGUGGAAAAAGCAGACUUGAAAGAACUGCAGAAAAUUUCGAGUACUCCAACAGGAAAUCAUUUCCAGUCAGUGACACAGUAUAAAGACCUCAUUUCAAAUAGAGAUAUUUUGACAAAUGUAGUAAACGGAAUUAGGGCACUUCAAGGUCGUAAGUCCAAGAAGACAACUCAUGCAACUUCUGCACCAGGACUAAACACAGAGCCAUGGCCAUCACCGAACAUAAAUUUAGCAAUUUUGUUCCAAUCGUAUGGGACCACCAAGCCAAAGGACUUUUAUAAACACCUGUUACCUUUCAUGGCAAGCAUUGUACAAUACCCAGACCUGCCCAAACACAGAACUGACGUUGCUGUUAUCAACUAUGGAAAAAGCGUCAACAUCAUUAAGCAGUUUAAAGGAAGCAUUAGUUUGAAUGAAACAAGAAACACAAUCAUUGGAUUAUCAAAGACACUGCGAAGCAAAUCUGCUGUUUUGUGCCAAGCCAUGGAAGAAGCGCUGAAGUCGAUUCAAAAUUUAGAAAAUGUUAAAACAGCUAGUAAUCAGAUUCUAAUAAUUACAGACACUAUGGCAUCAGACAACUGUACAUCAGUAAAAGAUAAGUUACAGAGCUCUGAGGUGGACGUUCAGGCAGUCACAGUAGGAGUUUCUAAUGACGGCCAGAUAAAGUCUCUUACAGAACAAAGGGAAAGUGGAUCCCUUCUCAAAGUUGGAUCGUAUCAAGAUUUGCUUUCAAAAUCUCAUAUUUUGGAUGUUGUUGCACAGAACAUCAUACAUAACGCGGACUCUAAAGAGCAUCGAUUAAAAGCUUUGAAUAAAAUCGGUCAAAAGAAAGAUGACUCCUUGGCAGAUAUUGCAUUCGUUUUGCAUGCAUCAACCAGAGUUAGCAAACGGAAUUUUAAAAGGCAGUUUUUGAAAUACGUUAUCAAACUUGUUAAAAGAGCAAAAAUUAGUCCGAGCGGCGUGCGAGUGGCUUUAAUUGUCUACGGAGAGACACCGACAGUAGUAUUUAACUUCAAGGACCACCUUGGUAAGAAAAGUCUCAUAAAGGGAAUCAAAAGAACUCCAAAAAGACUGAGGUUUGACUCUGCCAACUUAGGAAAUGCUGUUGCAAAAGCAAGGGAACUUUUCCUUCAGGAAAAAGCAAGGGUAGGCGAAAAGAUCCUGAUUAUAUUAACAGACAUGAAUCCCACAGGUGAUCAUUUUGUCCUUCAAUCGGAGAUAAGUCAGGCGAAACAUGAAGGAAUCAAAGUCAACAUUAUUCCAGUUGCUCUCACUAAUAAGACAGUACUUGAAAGCAUUGCAAGUAGACCGCUUGAAAAGCAUUUUUACCAUGUGAAAUCAUAUAAAGAUUUACAGGUCUACAAAAAAAGCGGAAAACCUGUCGUGCAAAAUAUUCGAUUCUUUCAAAAAAAGAAAAAAGGAAAGAGAAACUCCAUAAUUACAACAACAGUUGCUACCCCAUGGCCAACGGCAAUAACAAUUCUAUCUAGUAAACGUAUUCAAGCUCAAACAUCAACUUUCGUCUAUCCUCAUCAACCGAUGUUUCACAUGCUUUGA